AUGAUCACCACAAGUGAUGAGAGGAGUAUGAAGGAAGUAGAACACCUCCAAGAUAGUCCAAAGGAAAAUCAUGAAGAAAGAAACUCUGCACCUCAACUCACACUCAAGGAAGAGCUGAAGGAGAGGGAGAUACUGAACCCAUAUGUACCCUUCCCUCACAGGCUUAAGGGUGGUGUAGCAGGGAGAAUGUAUUCAAGGUUCCUCGACAUGUUUGCAUCUCUUGAUGUAAAUAUACCAUUCAUUAAGGCCCUCCAGCAAAUGCCUUCCUAUAUCAAGUAUAUAAAGGAGCUACUAGCCAGAAAAACUUCAUUGAAGGGUGGACAAACAAUAAAGAUAAACAGGGAUUGCAGUGCUCUCAUUCAAACAGAGCUACCCACAAAGAAGAAGGAUCCAGGGAGUUUCCACAUUCCCUGUGCUAUAGGAGAGACAAUGAUUGAUAAAGGGCUCUGUGACCUGGGAGCGAGCAUCAACUUAAUGCCUCUAUCCCUCAUGAAAAAGCUUCAAAUCAAUGAGCUAACACCCACAGAUGUAAUCAUCAAACUGGCUGACAAAACCCAAAAGCAGGCAUUAGGAGUGGUUGAGAAUGUGUUAGUGAAGGUUGGGAACUACUUCCUCCCCACAGAUUUUGUCAUCCUGGAAAUGGAUGACACACCCAUCAUUCUGAGAAGGCCAUUCUUAGCCACAGCCAGAGCACUUAUAGAUAUGGAGCGAGGAGAGCUAGUAUUGAGAAUACAUGAUGAGCAGCUCACCUUCAAUGUUUUCAAACUCUCACAAGAAGCAGAUCAUGAUAACAAAGAGCUGAAGAAAGAGUCAAACAAGGGAGCUCAAGCACUUCCCCUAAGAACUCCUGUGGCUAAUAACCAAUGUGAUCAGAAAGAACAUCAACCAAGUGCAAUCCAAAAGGAACCAUGA